CGAUUCCGCUUAUUCCCCUGGCCGCCCGGUGGGCCCUCCCCGCCAUUAUAGGAGGCCGCGCCCUGCCCCAAGCGGUCAGGCCGGUAGCGAGAAGCUUGGCCCCCGUCCGGUGAGUGUGGGCGGCGUGGAGGCUGCGGGUGCUUCCCAGAGGAGCGGAGACCUGGCUGGCGCGUAGGAAGGGCAGGAGGAUUGCAGCUUCCUCUUCGGGUAGAGAAAAAAAUUUCUAAGCACUGACAGGAGAUCAAGAUGUUGAAAUAAAUUUGAGAAGAUGUCAUUACUUGUUUCAAGAGAGGAGUGAAUAUUUGUAUGUGCAGUUCCAUCCUGACAUCACAAAAUAUUUAUUUCAGGAGCUCAAGGCUGUGUACAUAGCAUCCCCUUCACCAGUUUUCCCCACAAAAGCCUGUGAGAGUAUUGUUUAGCCAUUAACUAUGUCUGACAACGGAGAGCUCGAAGACAAGCCACCAGCUCCACCUGUUCGGAUGAGCAGUACUAUCUUCAGUUCAGGAGGCAAAGAUCCUUUAUCUGCUAAUCAUAGCUUGAAACCUCUUCCUUCUGUACCAGAAGAGAGAAAGCCUAGGAACAAAAUCAUCUCCAUUUUCUCUAGCACUGAAAAAGGGAGUAGGAAAAAGGAAAAAGAGAGACCUGAAAUUUCUCCUCCAUCAGAUUUUGAACAUACCAUUCAUGUUGGCUUUGAUGCUGUUACUGGAGAAUUCACUGGAAUGCCAGAGCAGUGGGCUAGGCUGCUGCAGACGUCAAACAUCACAAAGUUAGAACAGAAAAAGAAUCCCCAGGCUGUAUUAGAUGUCUUAAAAUUCUAUGAUUCUAAAGACACAGCAAUACAGAAAUAUUUGAGUUUUUCUGCUACAGAUAACGAUGGAUUUCUUUCAGGAGCACUAGCACCUAAUGCAAAAAGGUCAGAGCCUUCAACAGCAACUGAAGAGGAAGAGGAAGAUGAAGUGGCUCCUCCAGUUAUUGCUCCACGACCAGAUCAUACAAAAUCAGUUUAUACACGAUCAGUAAUAGAUCCCAUCCCAGCACCAUCUGGCGAUCCAAGUGACAGUGCUAAAUUAGCCGAUAAGCAGAAAAAGAAAACCAAGAUGUCAGAUGAAGAGAUCACAGAAAAAUUACGAACAAUUGUGAGUAUAGGAGAUCCCAAGAAAAAAUAUACCAGAUAUGAAAAAAUAGGACAGGGGGCUUCUGGUACAGUUUUCAUUGCAAUAGAUGUUGCGACAGGACAGGAGGUUGCUAUCAAACAAAUAAAUCUACAGAAACAGCCCAAAAAGGAGUUGAUUAUCAAUGAGAUCUUGGUAAUGAAAGAGCUGAAGAACCCAAACAUAGUCAACUUUUUAGACAGUUACCUGGUUGGAGAUGAACUUUUUGUUGUAAUGGAGUAUCUGGCUGGUGGAUCUCUUACCGAUGUAGUUACAGAGACUUGUAUGGAUGAGGCCCAGAUUGCUGCUGUCUGCAGAGAGUGUUUGCAGGCAUUGGAAUUCCUGCAUGCCAACCAGGUGAUUCACAGGGAUAUUAAAAGUGACAAUGUGCUUUUGGGAAUGGAUGGUUCAGUUAAGCUGACUGACUUUGGCUUUUGUGCUCAGAUUACCCCAGAGCAAAGCAAACGUAGUACAAUGGUUGGAACACCAUAUUGGAUGGCUCCUGAAGUGGUCACACGGAAGGCUUAUGGCCCUAAAGUGGAUAUCUGGUCUCUGGGUAUAAUGGCUAUUGAAAUGGUUGAAGGUGAACCACCCUAUCUCAAUGAAAACCCUUUGAGGGCAUUAUAUUUAAUAGCAACUAAUGGCACCCCAGAGCUGCAGAGCCCAGAGAAACUGACUCCAAUAUUCCGUGACUUUUUAAAUAGUUGUUUGGAAAUGGAUGUAGAGAAAAGAGGAUCAGCCAGAGAACUGUUACAGCAUCCUUUCUUGAAACUGGCAAAACCUUUGUCAAGUUUGACACCAUUGAUUCUAGCGGCCAAAGAAGCCAUGAAGAGUAAUCGCUAGCAUUGCUGCUGUGGCCUUCAUCAUUCCUGGUUUUGUUUGUUUGUUUGUUUUGUUUUUUGUUUAAAUCUUCAUAAUAUUCAAGUUGUUGCUCUUGUUAGGGAUAUUGAAAGUCUGCAGAAGGGAAAAAAUUCACCUCAGCUUGAAGAUACAAGAGAAGAAAAAUGAUGAUAAUAGUGAACUUUUCUGCAAGUCUUGAAGAAGUUGUAAACUGAAUCACUGGCCUUUUCACCACUUCUGCAGACAACUCAAAUAUAUUUUGCUAUGCCCGUGAGUUGUUUUUCAGUGACUUUGUUGUAACAGUUCCCACCUGUGCUCUGAUUUGAGCACUUGCAAUACUUGAACAACUGAUUCAAGCUUUUAGAGGGAGGCAUUACUUUAAUCUGCUGAUCUUUUUUCACCUUAGGUUUCCUUUGCUAGGCAAUAAUUCAAACUAUGGGAACUUUUGAGUUAUUUAAGACAGAUAGAAAUGUGGAAGUUCCUCUUUCUCCUUUUAAUAUGUAGUUAGGUAUAACCCUUUUGAUGUUAACCAUUCAGAUACCUGGGGACUGUAAUUAUUUAGUAGCUGUUCGUAAACAAAGAACAGAACAUAGGCAGAGUGGAAAGAAAGCGGCUCAGCACAAUUGGAUGUAGAAAUUUAUGCAUGGACUUUGUAAUAUAAGGGAAAGAUGCCUCUGAAUGUUGGAGAUUGAAUGACUGUUGGGUAAUGGGAAAAGUCUUUAUUUUCUUUUCAGUACUGAAACCAUCCUUUGAGCUUGGGAAGAAAACCCCAAUCCUGUGAAUUGUCUUCCACUUGUUACUUACCUGUAUAGGCUUAUUGGUAACCUUUUAAAGCAAUGUCUUGAAAGUGUGUUGUUUUAUAGCAAAGUGCUUUAUCCAUGUUCUGACUUGGGCUUUGGGCUUUAUGCUGGUGCCUUCUGAUUUUUAAAAUUACCCUUCUUUGUAUUAAAUACAUUUUGUAUAUGUUGUACAUUUCUCUCCAAAGCAAAUUUGGAAUUGUCAGGACUAAGUAUUAGAGGUCUCUUUCUUUAUAUAUAUAAAAAUAUAAAUAUAAAUAUAUACAUAUUAUUUCUACUAACAAAAGACCCAGCAGAUUUGCAAAAAUGGAAGAUCCAAGACUUUUUAUAUGAUUCAGCUGACUAAAGCCUCAGAACACCAGAAGUGCUAUUUUGUACAGAUAAAAAUGGGAGAUAAUAGAAUAAUUUAGGUUCAUAUGAUUGGAAUUGGCUUGUGAAUGACUAGGGAAAUUUGUCUUGGUGAUCCUUUCUCUUCAAAAACUUUACUAUUAUGAUUAAGGAGAAAAACAAGAUGAAAUGCCUCUCAUGAUAAAAGAAACUAAUUAAAAAAAUAAAUCAAGUUAACUUCUUGUUGAUGUGGCAAGAUGUAACUUGGAGACUCUCACAUUGCUCCAAUCUAAAAUCAUUGUAUUUUUUUUUUUGUACAGCUGACCUUGAUAGAAAAUUUCUGAAUGAUAAUGUGCCAAAUAAUAACAUAAGACAUUAUUUAAUUUGGUGCUCUAGCUUUCUUGCAUUCCUAGAUGGUAUUUUGGGGAGAGUUUCUUAAAACCCUAGUUAAGAGGCUGCCUCUUGUAGCUUUUCUCAUGGUCAGUGAUAAGCCCUUUUUCUGUUUGUGAACAAUAUUCAUAUAAGAACAUCAUGAUGAAGCUAUUGUAAAAUGGGUGCUGGCCAUAUUCCAGGUUUUGAUCCACUGUAUUAGAAAGGGCUCCAAUUCCUUUACACCUUGGAACUUCUUUGCAUUCUGAUUGUUACCAACAAUGCCUUAUUAAUGCAACUAAAAGCAAUGCCACACUCUAGCCUGCAGAUCCAUAUUUGUCAGAAGUAUUAAUCUGAAAAUUGUAUAACAAAGUCUAUUUAUUUUCAGAAUAUUUUGAAUGUGUUUUGGUUUGGUCCAAGGAGGUAUGAUGUCCUAGUCUGAGUUGUAUUUUAAGUCCAGUUCUUUCUUUUAAAAAUGGUUUUCAAUAUUCAUGCUAUAGAAGUUAAAUAAUUUUGAUCUUAUAUUGAUAAAUGUGAACCAAAUCAAGACAUUAAAAUUCCAGUUAAUUUAAUCUUUUUACUGGGUCUUUGUCUGUUGCUGGCAAUGGAAUAUGUAGAAAUGAAGGCUCCUGUGGAUAUGUGUGUUUUAGUGUUUUUUAUAAUAGUGUGAAAAGGUAGUUCUCUUUUGAAUACUUAAAUUCUUAACAUUUAUUGUCACCUUAAUAAAAACAGAUUUUAGUAAGUAAUGAACUGAAUUUUAGUGAUGUUUUUCAAAUCAUUUAAAGUUGCUUACAAUUGGAUUAGCACAGGAGUUGUUGAAAUACAUUGUACACUCUCUUUUUGCCUUGUGGUAUCGAGUACUCCAAAUUAUGUCUAUUUGACAUUCUUUAAAUGUAACCUGCAGCUUAUAUAAUCGUCUAACUUUUGUGCCCAUUAUUCAUUAAAAAGGAUAGAAAUGGAAAUGAAUUGAUGGGAACUUUCCAUUAGAUAAACAAAACAUCAGAAAGUUUCUAACCUAUGGUUAUUACAUAGUUAUGUUUGUAAUUUGUAUAGUUAAACAUGAAUUACUUGAUUUAGACACAGAAAGCAAUUUUCCCCCUCUUUGAGGUUUGAUUUGGACUUUGAGCCUAGAAAGCUAAAUGCUGGAGGUUAAUAUAUUUGGAUAGGAGUCAGUACUGAGCAGUACAUUGAAAGAUUCUUGACUCCUGACAUUCCUACUAACUGCCUUAACCAUAUUUCCAGUAAUAAGGUGGAUAAAUAUUGGCUGCUUCAUUCAGUCAUGAGGGACAUAUUUCUGAAACAAAUUUGUUUUUGUCAACAUAAAACAUAGAGCCAGAUUAAGUUUUGAGACUGUCCACCUUAAAUCAUACAUGAUACUUGGCAAUUUCCGAAAUCAAAAUACUGUUUUGUGGAGGUUGCUGAAGAGGGAGGAGGUUUUAAUUGGAUAACUUUAACUAUUACAUAUCUUUAACAUUAAAACUGGGAUGACAAAGGUUCAUGAGUGUAUGAAUUCAUAAACAGAACUCACCACUGCCAUCAAAUAAAUUGUGUAAAUCAGCGUCUGUAUUUUACACUAGACUGCCCUGUAUGUUUGAUGGUGUGAAACUAUAAUGAGAAGAAACGUAUCUCAUUCCAUGAAAGCAGGCUUAUCUGGAAUGAUGAGCUCUUAGCCCUCCAAGAUAUUAAAAUACAGUUAUGCACAGUACAAAAUAAAGCAUGUUCAGUUUAGGUUUGGGUUUGGGUUGGAGUCAUUCAUCAUUUGAAAUUAUAUCCAGUUAACUUAAGUGGUCAUCAUACGCAUAUGCUGAUGGAGUAAAUUAACUUUUUUGUUAAGUGUUGAAGAAUUUGUUUUUGUAGCUGGAAUUAAUGAUUUCUUUCUUUGUUCCUUCUCUUUCUUUGUCAGAUGGAGAUAAAAACAAUGCAAGCUUUUAAUUUUUUUUAAAUUGUCUUCAAAUUUUGUUGCUUUCAUAUAAUUUAAUUCCAUUCUGUUAUUUAAUGUUACCACAAUAUUAACUACUGUAUUUGUCUAUGUUUAAUGAUUCUUUCAGGGCUAGAAAUAAACAUUUUUAAAAUGA